AUGGCGACGGGACCGCGCGCGCGGACGUUACGCGCGGUGACGCUCUUCACCGGAUGCGGGGCGGUGGAUUACGGAUUGACGCAGGCUGGACACGAGGUGCGGGCGCAGUGCGAACGCGACGAGGCGGCGCGGGCGGUUUUGGACGCGCGGUUUCAGGGCGUCCGUCGAGCGCGAGAGGCGUCGGAGAUGGACGUCUUGCCGAUUGAUACGGAUGUGUUGUUCGUUGGGUUGAUGACGCGAGAGUACGAGGGGUCGUGGCGAGAGUCGUGGACGCGCGACGGCGCGGCGGGGGCGCUGAAGCACGCGUUGCGCCUCGGGUGCGGGAGCAGAGUGCCGUGGUUGGUGAUCGAGGCGAGAGGGAAGAUGUUAGACGCCGGUGACGGGGGGGCGCAGGGUGAACCGCCGUUGAUUCACGGCUUUGUCACCGAGUUGGAGCGAUUGGGGUACUCGUGGGCGCACAGAACAGUCGCCUCGGCGGCGUUUGGGGUGCCAGACGUGAGCGCCAGAGUGUUGCUCGUCGCCAGUCGCGUGGGCGAUCCGCGAGAUGUUUUACUCACCGAGGAUGCGGGAUCGUUGAAGAUCGGACCGCGGUCGCACGAGAAUGAGCACACGUUUGUGUUCAAUCGACAUCCCGAGCGCGGUUUCUGCGUGUACGCCGACGUGUGUCAAGGAUUUCACCCUGAAUCGAGCGCGUGCGUGCUCACCGCGGCGGGAGGGUUGAUACCAAUGAGCAUUCACGACGCCGAGCGCUUACAGGGGUUACCUCCGGGUUGGACGAUGACGACCAGGCCGACGGUGCACGGGAGUCCGCGUGAGGAGCUACAGUCGCGCUGGGACGCGCUCAAAUCGACGGAUGGAUGCGUGUCGUGCUCGUAUUGGUUGGGCACGCGCUUGGCAGAUCCAUACUCGAUGAAAUUUACGACGGAAUCUGUACCGUUUCGCGAGCUCAUCCCGAAGAGUUGGCCGGGGGCGGCGUUCAACGUCGGUAACGGUCGCAUGAGCGCCCUGUGCUCGCCCUUUGUUCGGCUCAUCACCGACCUUCCGUGUUUAGGCUCCUUUAUCACAACCUCCUUCUUUGAGGGCGGACCACUGGUCCCGAGAGAGCUCGCAUUGGAAUGUGCGCGGGCUUUGAGAAAGUCUGGUUGGGAGGUGCCAACACAGCUCCAGGCUUUGGAGAGGAGCGCGACGCCAACGAGUGAGGUCAAUGGGGAAGCGGUAAUCAACGCACGACGAGCGCAGGUGAAGAGAGAGUCUGAACGCUUGGAUGAUCCUCCGAGCGUGCCCACGCCCACGCCGUUACCGCAACAGCCACCGGACCACGAGAGUAUGCCGCCCGCGAUGCCGACUCUGGUCGAGCGCUCGCUGCCUUUGAUCAAGACGAAGUCCGGACACUUGGUCGUCGAUCACGCCGAUGAGGCGGAGGCCAAGCGCUUCAAGCACUCCAGAACGCCCACCUCGGGGGGAGAUUACGACACUGGUUCACCUGGUUCGGGUGGACGAAUGUCCUUCGUCGCCGGCGUCGGUCUGAGUUCGCGAAAACAGAACCAACUGGUAUGGGCAAAGCUUCCGGGGCAUCCGUUUUGGCCGGGCUUGCGCGUUAAUCUCGAGACUGAUUUCAUCCCCGAGGACGCGCGCAAGAUGUCUCGAGACGGAGAAGUUCUCGUCGUAUUUUUUGGCGAAAAUUCCUUCGGGUGGGUGCGGGAGGAGAACUGCUUAGAUUUUAGCGAGCAUUACGAGUCGAAGAGUCGCGAUCCGGCAAGGAACAAGUCGCGAUUCCAAGCGGCGUUGAAGCAGGCGAACGACGAGCAUUUUAUUAGAGAGACUAUGCAGGAGCGCGACAAACUGCGCAAAAUCGCAAUGAAGAAUGGAGGUCACAAGUUCCGCUCUCGCGGUGGGUCGCCCAUGCCAGAGCUGCGAGGUUGCAUGUGCAAGGUGUGCACGAGCGUGUCUGCCGACGGCAACUCAGAGUCGCCCAAGUGUAUUCGAGUGGAGGCAGCGGAUAGCGCGAGCCGAGGACACAUCGGUGCCAAGCUCACGAUCCAAGGCAAGACCGUCGUGGGUAAACAAAUUUUCGUCUUCUGGCCGCUUGAUAAGGCGUCGUAUCCGGGUAAGAUUGUGGACUACGAUCCCAUCGAGCUCAGGCACUGCGUCGAGUACGCGGAGGAUGGCGUAAAGGAGUUUUUAUCGCUCUGGAAGGAGGAUAUCACCUUGGCGCCGGGUGAGACCGUCGGGGCGAGCAUUCCCGAUGUGGACGACGUGGGGGCGGAUCUCCUGAUGGAACUCGCAGCGAGGUGCUAA